AUGGAGACUCAGAGGGCCAGCCUUGCCCUGGGGCGGUGGCCACUGUGGCUACUGCUGCUGGGACUAGUGGUGCCCUCGGCCAGUGCCCAGGCCCUCAGCUACAGGGAAGCUGUGCUCCGUGCUGUGGAUCGCCUCAACGAGCAGUCCUCAGAAGCUAAUCUCUACCGCCUCCUGGAGCUGGACCCACUUCCCAAGGCCGACGAGGACCCGGACACCCCGAAGCCUGUAAGCUUCACGGUGAAGGAGACCGUGUGCCCCAGGACAUCGCAGCAGCCCCCGGAGCAGUGUGACUUCAAGGAGAAUGGGCUGGUGAAACAGUGUGUGGGGACAGUCACCCUGGACCAGUCCAAGGACCAAUCUGACAUAAACUGUAAUGAGAUUCAGAGUGUGCGGCUAUUACGCUGGGUGCUUCGCUUGCUCUGGAGAGGCAGGAGAAGAUAGGCAAAAAGACUGAGAGAAUUGGUCGGAGAAUCAAAGAUAUCUUUGGGAUAUUUCAGCCCAGUGAAUAGUGCUAAGAAUCAGCUUA